GCGAACCGCAGCCCCGAGCCUGAACGCCACACGGCGUCCCCUCUCGGCCCGGCACUCAGCGCGCCCCGCAGCAGCCACGCUGGACCACAGCUGCCUGGGAAACACCUCUCCCGCAGUUAUGGAGAAAACUACAGAUGUACUUCUUCUCACUAUGAAUUCUUCAGAGAAGCAAGAGACUGUAUGUAUUUUUGGAACUGGAGAUUUUGGACGAUCACUGGGACUUGAAAUGCUCCAAUGUGGUUAUUCUAUUGUUUUUGGAAGUCGAAACCCCCAGAUGUCCAGUCUGCUGCCCAACGGUGCAGAGGUCCUGAGCUACUCAGAAGCGGCCCAGAAAUCUGACAUUAUAAUCAUAGCAAUCCACAGGGAACAUUACGAUUUUCUCACAGAAUUAACUGAGGUCCUCAAUGGGAAAAUCCUGGUCGACGUCAGCAACAACCUGAAAAUCAAGCAGUAUCCGCAGUCGAAUGCAGAGUACCUUGCUCAGUUGGUGCCGGGAGCCCACGUGGUAAAAGCAUUUAACACCAUCUCAGCCUGGGCUCUCCAGUCAAGGGCACUGGAUGCAAGUCGGCAGGUGUUUGUCUGCGGAAAUGACAGCAAAGCCAAGCAAAGAGUAAUGGAUAUUGUUCGUAGUCUUGGACUUACUCCAUUGGAUAAAGGAUCUCUCAUGGCAGCCAAUGAAAUUGAAAACUACCCACUGCAACUGUUUCCAAUGUGGAAGUUCCCCUUCUAUUUGUCUGCUGUUGUGUGUGUAUUCUUCUUUUUCUACUGUGUAAUAAGAGAAGUAAUCUACCCUUAUGUUUAUGAAAAAAAAGAUAGGACAUUCCGCCUGGCUAUUUCUAUUCCAAAUCGUGUCUUUCCAAUAGCAGCACUUACACUGCUGGCCUUGGUUUACCUCCCUGGCGUUAUUGCGGCCAUCCUGCAGCUGUACCGAGGUACAAAAUACCGCCGAUUCCCAGACUGGCUUGACCACUGGAUGCUGUGCAGAAAGCAGCUUGGCUUGAUAGCACUGGGAUUUGCCUUCCUUCAUGUCCUCUACACACUUGUGAUCCCUAUUCGUUAUUAUGUACGAUGGACAUGGACCAACAGAACCAUUGCCCAGGCAAUAGCCAAGAAAGAAAGUCCAUUUAGUACCUCUACUGCCUGGCUCAGCGAUUCAUAUAUCGCUAUGGGAAUGCUUGGAUUUUUCCUGUUUGUACUCCUGGGAAUCACUUCCUUGCCAUCAGUUAGCAACAUGGUCAACUGGAGAGAGUUCCGAUUUGUCCAGUCCAAACUGGGUUAUUUGACCCUGAUCUUGUGUACAGCCCACACCUUGGUGUACGGCGGAAAGAGAUUCCUCAGUCCUUCAAGCCUCGUCUGGUAUCUUCCUUCAGCCUACGUGAUAGCACUGAUCAUCCCUUGCACGGUGCUGGUGAUCAAGUUCAUCCUCAUCCUUCCAUGUAUAGACAAGACCCUUACACGGAUCCGCAAGGGCUGGGAAAGGAACCCAAAAUUCUCAGAAUCAGCAUUGAAUGGAAAAACAGAUAUUUAAAGCAAAGUUCAAUUCACCUGGACUUCCUAACUAUGGUGUUGUAUGUUUAGAGAAUAAUAGUGGGUGCAGUGAAGAAAGUGUUUUUCUCCCACCACAGGCUGAAGCUUGUGAACAGAGAAAGAAAUCAU